AUGUCUGCUUCAACAAGAAACCCUCGACCGAACCCACAGCAGGCCACCAGGCUACAGCAGCAGCAGCAGCCCUCCGCUUCGUCCUCGUCGUCCUCUUCCAACACCACCACCACAACAGCCGUCGCCACACAAGGCACAACACCGGCCGACUGGAAGGCCAAACUCAACCUCCCCGCCAAGGACCACAGGCCACAGACCGAGGUACGCCAUACUUACUCGUGUGGGCGGGCUCAACGAUGGCAGCGCCUCCCCCCUUUUUCCGACUGGCCCUGACAGGACCGCCGACGCUCACCUCCCCCACUUUUCGCCCUUUAGGAUGUCACCGCAACCAAAGGCAACGAGUUCGAGGACUAUUUCCUCAAGCGAGAACUACUCAUGGGUAUCUUCGAGGCCGGCUUCGAACGACCGUCUCCGAUCCAGGAGGAAGCCAUUCCAAUCGCCUUGACCGGACGAGAUAUCCUCGCGCGCGCCAAGAACGGCACCGGCAAGACCGCCGCCUUCAUCAUCCCGACCCUCGAGCGCGUCAACCCCAAAAUCAACAAGAUUCAGGCCCUUCUCCUCGUACCGACGCGUGAGCUCGCACUCCAGACCAGUCAGGUCUGCAAGACCUUGGGCAAGCACACGGGUGCGCAGAUCAUGGUCACCACCGGCGGAACGACCCUGCGCGACGACAUCCUCCGUCUCGGCGAACCGGUGCACAUCCUCGUCGGGACCCCCGGUCGCAUCCUCGAUCUCGCCGGCAAGGGGAUUGCCGACCUCAGCGCAUGUCCCAUGUUCGUCAUGGACGAGGCCGACAAGCUUCUCUCGCCCGAGUUCACGCCCGUCAUCGAGCAACUGCUCAAGCUCAUGCCCAAGGAGCGUCAAGUGAUGCUCUUCUCCGCGACGUUCCCCCUGAUCGUCAAGGACUUCAAGGACAAGUGGAUGACCAAACCGUACGAGAUUAACCUCAUGGACGAGCUCACCCUACGCGGUGUGACGCAGUACUACGCCUUCUUGGAGGAACGACAAAAAGUGCAUUGCCUCAACACGCUCUUCUCCAAGUUGCAGAUCAAUCAGAGCAUUAUCUUUUGCAACUCGACCAACCGCGUCGAACUGCUCGCUAAAAAGAUUACCGAGCUCGGCUACUCGUGCUUCUACUCGCACGCACGCAUGCUCCAGGCGCACCGCAACCGCGUCUUCCACGACUUCCGCAAUGGCGUAUGCCGCAACCUCGUCUGUUCCGAUCUCUUGACCCGUGGUAUCGAUAUCCAAGCCGUCAAUGUUGUCAUCAACUUCGAGUCAGUUUAAGAAAACAAACUCCUUGAACCUGAUGCGAUGUAGCUGACCCGCUCCUCACUACGCACCCUUCUCAGUUUCCCCAAGAACGCCGAAACGUACCUGCAUCGCAUCGGUCGAUCGGGUCGUUACGGCCACCUCGGUCUCGCGAUCAACCUCAUCACCUACGACGACCGCUUCGACCUAUACCGCAUCGAACAAGAGUUGGGCACCGAGAUCCAGCCCAUCCCCCCGGUCAUUGACCGAAGUCUGUACGUCGCACCGGGGACGGAGGAGGAGACGAUCCAACGACCGAAUCAGGCUCAGGCGCAACAAAACCAGCAACAGCAACAGCAGCAGGGACAGCAGGGACAACCACAGCAGAGGUCUUACCAGGGGCAAGGGCAGCAGAGUCAGGGAGGACAGCAGCAACAGAGACCUCAACAAGGACAGCAGCAGCAAGGUGGAGGAUAUGGGGGCCAGCAACAGAACGGGCAGCGGAGGCAGUAG